GUGUAACCAAGGUAGAUUAUGGAGAUAUAUCAUCAAGACUUGGUCUAAGACACAAACUACAAUGCAAACCUUUCUCUUGGUACCUAGAGAAUAUCUACCCUGAUUCUCAAAUUCCACGUCACUAUUUCUCCUUGGGAGAGAUACGAAAUGUGGAGACAAAUCAGUGUCUAGACAAUAUGGCUAGAAAAGAGAAUGAAAAAGUUGGAAUUUUUAAUUGUCAUGGUAUGGGAGGUAAUCAGGUUUUCUCUUACACUGCCAACAAAGAAAUUAGAACAGAUGACCUUUGUUUGGACGUUUCUAAACUUAAUGGCCCAGUUACCAUGCUCAAAUGCCACCACCUAAAGGGCAACCAACUCUGGGAGUAUGACCCAGUGAAAUUAACCCUGCAGCAUGUGAACAGUAAUCAGUGCCUGGAUAAAGCCACAGAAGAGGAUAGCCAGGUGCCCAGCAUCAGAGACUGCAAUGGAAGCCGGUCCCAGCAGUGGCUUCUUAGAAACGUCACCCUUCCAGAAAUAUUCUGAGACCAAAUUUAUAGAAAAAAUUAAGAAUUGACUGGGCUACCUCAGCAUACAUUUCUGCCACAUUCUUAAGUAGCAAAAAAGGAAAGUGCUUUCCUCCUCUGCGGGAUGUAAGGUUUAUCAGCCACUAAAACUUAGACUCUUUUAGCUUUUCACUAGCUGUGAACCAGCCUUCCUGUCCAAGGACGUGAAACUGCAUAGGAGUGAGACUGCACACUGAUGUUUACAAGAUUGAAAGCGUUUUUCAUCAGGAGUCGUGGGAAAGAAUAUCCAGACAAUUGAACAGUCAACAAAAUGUGCUUUCUGGAGAGUGCCACCUUCUAAGGUUUGCCUGCACAUCAGUAAUUUCUGCUGAAUGUGCUGUCAUAAGGAAAAGAUUUCAACAAUUAAAAAAAAACUAUUAAACAGGGUUUAAAGGAAAUUAAAACAGAACUAUGAGAAAGAAGUACAAUUUGUUAUAGUAUAGUAUCAAAUUUCUAUAUAGAUUUUAUACCUCAGUGGGGAAAAAUAACUGAUUCCAAUGACAUUCAUUUUGUUUUCAUCUGUGAUAGUCAUGGAUGCUUUUAUUUUCCUUGGGGUGCUGAAAAUGAGCUGGGAAAAAAGCUCUUCGAACAUAGUUUUAAUUUCUUUCUAUAAUAUUUUCAUUUGGUUUGUGGGCUGUUGAAAUUGUAAUUUUUAAUUACCUUCUAAAAAUGGAGAUUUAACAUAAUCUCUGAUCUCAACUGAACCAGUUCGGUAUCUCAGUUGCUCUUGGGUCAACUGGCUUAUAGACUUGCGCACACAGACACACACACACACACACACAUGCGCACACGCACGCACACAUGCACACACACAUAUGUACACGCACAUACAAAUUUCUUACCACAUUUUCACCUUCUUAACUUCAUUCACCGAUUAUGCUUAAUACCCAAGAUUCAUACUACUGUCCUACAGAUUUGUCUUCUCAGCAAUAAAUCUUGAGUUCAGUUCCUUGUUUAUGAUUCCAUUUAACAAAAGGCUUACAAGGGAUGGUUUAUUUUUUGGAGAUUUGGAGAUAAUAUAUGAUGGUUUUGAAACCGUUUUCACUCCAUACGCAGGUGUGCUUCAUUGUCAAGUGCAUAGUUAGACUAGAUUCUUGAAUUGUAACAUUGAUCUGCUGCUUUUUUUUUUAAAUAAAAUUUGACUGAAAAUGUUUAAUUGGCAUUUCUUAAUGAGUUAGUCAAAGAAGUGCAGCUGUUAUUCCAUAUUGUCCUGCAUUUCUUCCCUAAAUUCCAUUUGGGUUAAAUUGAUUUGUUUUUCUCUGAUUAUUUUAAUAUCAAAAAAUAAAAUAAAAAAGAACUCCUGAAUAUCAAUUAAAAGUCAGUGUCCAUUACAAGAUAAUUUUUUAAUCUCAUAAAAAAUCUUGGGACAUUUUUCACCAAUAGCUAAAGCAAUCCACUGGCAAAAAUGCAUGUAUUCUCCUUCUCGUUUGUUAGAUUGUAUUUAAUGGUAUUCUUUUCUUCGGUUAUCAGAGACUCUCACUGCAGGCAGUGCUAUUUCUUGUGCCCAAGAAUGUUUCUGAAAGUUACAUCAUUUAAUGAUUCUUGCCAACUUGAGCAUACACAGUUUCUCAUAUCCUAUUCAAGUUAAUCAACGUCAAGCACAUGAAUGCUUUAGGGUGAGGCUAUCAUGCAGAGUUCAAGAACUGUCCCUGGGAGAUUCAAAAUCAUGCAGGUGCUGGGUGGAAUUUUAUUUCCUACUCUGUGAGUUGUGUUAAUUCUAUUCAGUAGGCCUAAUGCUUGAAUAAAUUGGUUAUCUAAUCAAUAAAUUAUUUUCAUGCUCAGAACUUCAAGUUUUUGUAUUCCAGCAUAGCUUGGUCUUAUUCAUUAUUGUAAGAAAGUUUUAACAGCAUUGUAAAUUAAGGUUUUGUUUUUUAAGUGGGUAUGUGAAGUGAUUUAAUUCAUGGGUACUUUUCAAACCUGAUAGAUAAUCCCAUUGCCUUUAUUUUUCUAAUUAAAAUAUUCCUAAAUAUUUGUAAAAUAUAAACUAUUCCUCAGUAGUUGUGCCUUACAUUGGUUUUAUUUGAAGUUAAAAUGGAUCUCUUUACA